CUACGAUUUGACACAUUUGCUAAACGCGGACUCUUGCUGUGUGUUUGUCUUUAUGACAUGAAGCGUAAAGACAGCUAAUCAACACACAAGAAUCCUUACAGUAGCUCUGCAUUUGUUGGAUAUUUUUUUAUAUGUCCGAAAUAAUCGAAGAUUUUACCACCAAUUUACAUCCGUUUGCUGGUGUGGUUUUUCUUCAGAGAACAAUCAUGGCGGAUAGCGAAAUUUCCAGCGCCUUUCAAUUGGCGGAUCCCACAGAUAAGGAACGUUUCUUUACACGGCUAAGGAAAUUAAAUGUCAACGACACAAGAGAAUUGGACUCUUUUCUCGAAGACUACAAAUAUCGCAAGCUUAUUGUAAAUGGUUUCAAUCGAGAUCUGGUGAUCGUCGGCCGUGGCGAGUCGACCGUGUUCGAGGAUUUCACUUUACAAGUGUGGAAAAAAUACUAUAUCGAAGAGGAAGUUGCACAGAUCGGUAUGUUGCAAGGAAGCUUAUCAUUCCCGGUAGAGGUAAGGUAGUUAAUUUGAGAAGUGCAAGGAAAUAUUCUGAACUUGUAGAGGAUAAGUCCUUCACUAGCACUCAUUGUCAAAUAUUUAAAUAAAUCAGCUAUAUUUAUGUAUUCGAGUUGAUUUGUGCUAUCAAGGAGCUAUUCUUACACAGUUUGUUGAUGUCGAACGUCAACUAAAGAGUUCUCGAUCGAUUAAAUUAUUUUUAAAGCAAUAAACGGCGUUGAAGAGUUGACACGAGCGGUUUAAAAUGGAUACCGAAAGACUAAGCUUUUCAGAUUUUAUAGGCUUUAGUGUACAAUUCAAACGUCGCGAUUUCAAAAGUAACUUUUGCGAGAUAGAUUCAUGGAAUUGCUGUUUAUAUUCCUCUAUGCGCGAGUGAUCUUGUUCAGUUGUGCAUUUAAAAAAUGCCGUUCAUAUUUUUCGCACCCUCCUCACGCUUGUCAUUGUUCAAGCUCCACAUGUGUGAACAGUAUGACUUUCAUGAUUACGAGGACCUGUAUAUUGUCAGUGAGAAAACAGUUUGAGUUUUAUUUUCCAUUGUUUCAAAGUGUGGUAAAAUUGAAUAAAAGACAAAGGAAAAUAAAAAACAAAUUGAUUUGAAAAAUUUGCAACUAGGAACAAAACAAGAACCACAACGACUACAAUGUUUUUGUCUUCCUGGGGUUGAUUUGCAUAUUGAUGUGCUGGCAAUCAGAUUUUUAAGAGAUGAUGAAGUGAGAGAUGCAUUUGGUUUCUCUUUAUUACCUGUGUAUUUUUUACUGGAACAUGCUUAAUAGUGUAAAUGGAAAAGAUUAUCCUCCAAUUCUAAUAUUCUGAGUAUCACAAUUUUCAUCCAUUACUAAUUGUCAAGUUAGUGAAUUAUUGAGACCCUUAUUAAUAUAUGACCUGUGAUAAAUCAAUAUAAAUAAAAGUCUAAAUUUGGGUUAAUUUCAGCAACACAGGGUAUAUGAUAUAGAAGACAAUUCACUUGUCAACAGUAUUAUCCAAUUCUAAGUUUCCCUCUUUUUGCAAAGUGAAGUAUUAAAUAUAAUUAGUAUAUUUUGCCAGUUUUUUCAUAAAUUGCAAUAUUGAAGUCAGCUUUUUUUUGAAGUCACAUUGUCAAGUUGCACACCUGUCUCAUAUUUAGAAUUUUCAAACAUGUUUGAAAGUUGUGAGCUGUCAACUAAACCUGAGUGCAGAAUAAGUGAUUUGGAGAGAAGCACUGUUGUUCCUAAAAUAGUUGACGCAAUCAUCAUUUUUCCAAAUUGAUAGGUUCACGGAAUACAUGUUAAUGAAGUCAGGUCCACAUGUAAAAUGUAAGAUGAGAUUGUUGAGGGGAUUUACAGCGUAAGCUGUAUGCCCAGUGAAUCUUUUAUGGAACAAAAAAACCAUGGUGCUGAAUUUUAUAUUUUGAUCCUUUAACUCCCUUGAGUGACCAAAACAGAAUUUCUCCAUACAAUCUCAAUACAGUAUAAGCAGAAAAGUGAGGAGAAUCAAGGAAAAGUUGAAUCACAUGUUGGAGAAUUCUUUAAACCAUUUACAUCAUAAAAAUUGUGGGCAGGCAGUAAGGAGAAUUACUAAAGAGAUCUGUGAGUAAAAGGGUUAAGUUAUUCUUUGUAGGAUUCUUUUGAAAUAUUUUAGAAUAUUUGGUUUAAUUUAUUUUUAUUAUUAUGUUAGCAUAUAGCACAUUCCACUUAUUUUUAGACAAUUUUGCUGAUAAGCAAACAUCAAUCUCUUUUGCUCAGGGUGUGUUUGUUGGGAAGUCUUCAGGUCGUGUCUAUGUCUGUCAGGAGUGCGAUGAUUACCAAGAACAGUGCAUUGUCUGCAUUGCCUACAGCUUGGAGCAUUUCCUUGUCCGUGGUCCCCAGAAGCUGCUGGAAUACAAUAAACCUCAGUGUUUGUUUGAGAACUGUUAUGGAUGCUUUGAUCCUCUGAUUAAAGACAGAGUUCUAAACUCAAUUGGACUGUAGGUCAUCAGACAAUAUUUAAAGAGGGAGGGUAAAGGCUACAUCUUAAGUGGAAACCAUGGAGACAAAAAAAAAACAUCAACUAUUACUUUCAAAUUGGUUAUUUUUGAAAGUAUUUUAAAGUGGCUGAAUUUUUGCAAGUGACUUUUGUUGUGGUUGCUGAAUGUGGUUCUGUACUCAUUUUUACUCUCAAAUACUUCAUUUUGAAGAAGUAAGGUGGGUUAAAAAAAUAUCCACUUUUUACUAACAACUCUCGGUGAAAUGAUUUUCAAACAAUAACAGUUAAUGUCCAAGGGCAUAAAUAAAUUUUUGGGCCAGCUCAGAGCAACCUUAACCUGAGCCAUUGUGCACAUUUCUGCCCAAGAAAAUAAAUUGUAUUACUAUUAUUAUCACUUUGGAUGGACUUGAGUAUUCAAAUUAAGAAAACUGAAAAAAUUGACAUCAAAACAGUAAAAAAAAUUAGCUGAGCUCAGCUGAAGUAUAUUUCAGAAUGCUGAAAUGUAAUUUUUUAGCCAGCACAUUGCACCACAAUGCUCAACAAAGUGAUACUGUUAUAAUGGUAGUUGAAGAAACAUUUUCUUCUUAUCCAGUAAUACUACAACCAACAAAGUGAUAAAUAUUUGCUAGAAAAACACAAUUUCUGUAUUUCCUAAAAUGACUUAAAAGGCAAUCAGGCUUUUUUCCCUUAUUUUCACUUAAAUUUUUAAACAACUGGAGUUACUUUAAUUUAGGUUCUUGUCUUCAUAGAUCAAGCCAGUUUAGUAAUUGUUAGGUCUCUGGUAUGUUUUUUAUGCUAAAAUUACAAGACAGUUGGAAAAAAGAACUUGUCUGUAAACGCUGCUUAGUUGAGUACAACAGAACUUAAUUAGAACAGUUACAGCAACUUGCAACCAAAAAAACUGCUAAGAUAUUGCUACAAUGAUAAAGAAUUUCUCGAACUUGAUGUCACUGCUCUCAUUUGGUCCGGUUCCCAGAACAUUCAAGAUUUGUGAACCUUUGGAACUGUAUAAUAUUCAUAAAUUCCUUCUGUAAAGUGCUUUGAUUCCUGCAUGGCCCGUGCAAUCUUGUGGCUUUCAAAUAGCAUUAACUUAAUGUUUACAGUAUGCAGUUCCUUUUUUAUAGUAAAUAAGCAGUCAUCAUGAUCUUAUUUCCACAGAUGUGAAACUUUUUGGCGUAAAUUAUUUGUUUAAAACAUUGUUUCUUUUGGCUGAAUAGUUUUGUUAAUUAGCUUUAUAAUUUUGGGUUGAUGUUUUGAAUACUUAACAGUUAUUCACUAAAGUGGAGGUGAAUGGAGGUGGAUAUUUACUUGGCCGCUUUGUGGCUUUGUAAAUAUCCACCACUUUAACUUACACUGAGGUGAAGAUUUGUUUUGGUUUAUACCACACAGAUGCUAAAAAAGUAGUUAAUAUGUUUAUUUCAAAUGGGCAGAAAUUGAUUUCUUGAUGUGCUCAGAAGUGAAUAAUACUUGCUAUUUACUUUCAAACUAGCCAAUCAGCAUGCAUGAAAAGCACUAUUUGCCUGUGUGGUAUAUACUAAUUAUAGUUAGCCCUGAAAUAGUCACUGUCAGAUGUAUUGAUGUACUUGUAGGCAAGGUAAAGAUCAUAUUUUUGUCCAGAUCUUACCUGAUAGUUCAAUUUAUGGUUUUAUGAUUAACCAGUAACUAUUGAAGAAACUCAGGAAAUUAACAUCUAUUGUAAUAAGUAAUACUAACAAUUUGAGUUAUCCAACAUAGGAUCUUGUCAUUAAAUAUUGGUGAUGAUGCAAAAGCCAGCCCCUUUUUAGAUACCAGAGUAAAGAUAGUCGGAAAAAUUAAUCCUGCAUUGGUGUUAUUACUCAACCCUUUUACUACCUGUAGUGACCAAAGAAGAAUUUGUCCUUACAACAUUAACACAGAAUUAAACUGACUAGUGAUGAAAAGAAAAAGGGAAAAAUUAAUUAAGGUAUAAUUAGUUGAUCCAGUAGCAAAUUCUCCAAACUUUCAUCUUACUGAUUGUAUGGAAGACAGUAGGAAGAGUUAGUUAUGAAGUAAUGGGAGUUUAAGGAUUUAUUACUUUGAAAAUGAUGUAAUAUUUUAAAUUAUAAAUGAAUAAAUGUACUUGACCUAGAGAUCUUUUAAUUAGGUCUCAUCAAGUUUUAAGAAUUUAAUUACCAUGAAAUAAGUCUUUGCAGCAUAGUUUGUAAAUUUAUGCUGUCAGUUGCCAAUCACCAAAAUAAAAGUUAUUAUAUGAA